GUGCAGAAAAAGCGACGAAUCGUGGCGCGCGUCCAGUGCCGCAACAUCAAGAACGAGUGCCCGAAGCCAACGUGCGACGAACCGAUCCUGCUGCCCGGAAGAUGCUGCAAAACCUGUCCGGGGGACGCAUACAGUCCUGACAUCGUCCAAGAUCUUCCGCAAGCAGUGAUGCCAGAAGAGGAGGAACGUAGCAAACAUUUUGCCGCCCUCCUGACCGGUCGCACAUCGUCCAUCCUGAAGCGGGACGACAUGAAGUCCAUGUACUCAACGGUCAACCCGCUGAACUUCGUCGCCACCGGGAGAUUCGCAUUCCACAAGAAGAAUCUCUACUACAGCUUCUACAUCUCGGAGAAAGCGCCCCGUCCGCGGUCGAUCCAGUUCGUCGACCAUCAGGGUAACAUCCUCGAAGAGCACCCGCUGGUGAUACCGGCCGAGGGCCCCUUCAGCGUCUACCAGAACGCAACCGGUAAGAUCUGCGGCGUGUGGCGGACCGUACCCCGUGACUACCGGCGUCUACUGCGCGACGACAUGAUGAACGUCGUCCUGCUUUGGGGUGGCAAACAUCAAGCCGAACUGGCGAUCGCUGGUCCGAUCGGAAAGUAUCCAGCAUUACCGCAAGAGUUGUUCAGUUCCCUGUUGGAACCCGCACCGGGAACCAAUCCGGAGCAGAUGAACGGAGCUGGCGGCACGGCGAUCGUGUCUACCAAGAGUGGCGUAACCUCGUCCAUCUACCUGACCAUCGUACUGAACGGCGUGUUUUCUCCCGACGACAUCGCCGACGUUCCCUUGAACAUCCGCCUGGAGAUGCAAAACAAAGAUCAAAUCGUCCUGGAAGAUACCCAACGCGUUAGGAAGCCAGCGCACGACAUCAACAUCAUCGAGGUGUCCUCUCCGCUAUCCGUGAACGAUCUCCGCCUUCUGACGCGCGGCAAGCUCACGGUAGUCGUCGAAUCCAAGCGCAAACCCGAAGCCCUGCGCAUUCAAGGAGUGAUCCAGACCCGCGUUGCCUGCGAGGUAUUCCAAACCUUGUUGGCGUCACACAAUCCAGACUCCCGGACCGACACCAGUGGCCUCGCUUGGAUGUACCUCAACAAGGAAGGUUCCCUGGUCUACAACGUCCAAACUCACAACCUCCACAUGAACCACAACCCGGUAGUGACGUUGAUCGACGACAGCGCCAAGCGAAAGGCUGACCUCGAGACGCUCAACAUCGACUCCAGCCACAUCACCAACACCGUUGACCGGAUGGGUCCUCGUGUGCUGGAACCGCUCUACUCCGGCGACCUCGCAAUCAACGUCGCCAACGACCUGAACCCCAAUCUGAUCCACGGUAAAUUCGUUACCCGACCGGUCGCAGAUGCCAGGGACUCCAACGCUCCUGUCCUGCUGAAGCGCAUGGGCAGCUCCGCUGUACCGCUGCACUCCGUCGGCAUGGCUUGGAUGGCCGUCGAUAACGAAUGCAACCUACACUACGAAGUGACACUGACCAGCGUCCCCAGCUCGUACCACCCGGUCCAGCUCUACCUGGAUGAACUCCCCAUCGAAGCCCCGAACGCCCCCAUCAGCCAAACUUUCCUGGAAGAAUUCACCGGAAACUACCUCGAAGGGUUCAUCAUGGCGCUGCCGUCGGCCGAGCUGGCCAAGCUGGAAACCAGUGUCAUCUAUCUGGAAAUCUUCUCGAAAUCGAAAAACGAAACCAUCCUGAAGGCGAAGGUCAAGUCGAUCAAGGUGCCGAACCACUGCACCGGCCACCAGUACCACGACAACGACGUCCAGAACAACUCGAUCGCCCCGAUGGCCCCCAACGACAACACCGUCCCGACGGUGGAAACGAAAUGCUACCACUCGUCCCGCUUCUACGACGAAGGGGACAUGUGGCACAGCGCCCUCGAGAGCUGCACCAUGUGCUCGUGCGUGCAGAAGCGCGUCAAGUGCGAACAGAUCCGCUGCCCGCCGCUCAAGUGCCGCAAGGAGGACAUCGUCCAGAAGAAGGGCGACUGCUGCCCGACCUGCGCAGGUUCCAAGUACUCGGACGACACCCGUGUCGCGAUGCCUCGCGGCUGCAAGCUCGGCGACCAGUUCCACGACGCCGGUUCCACGUGGCAUCCGUACCUGCCGCCGAACGGGUACGACACCUGCACCGUUUGCACCUGCGACCGGGCCUCGCUGGAGAUCAAGUGCCCGCGGACGCAGUGCCCGCCGCUGAACUGCAGCGACAAGGUGGCCUACCGACCGGACAAAAAAGCCUGCUGCAAGGUGUGCCCUCAGAUCAUCGAACGUACCAAACCGGUUCGCACCGGCAAUCCGGACGAAAUGGGCGACCAGGGCAGCAGCAGCGGAACGCUAAGAUCUCCGCAAACCAUCCUGGAGAACGGCGGCUGCAAGUACAAUGCCAACGUGUACGAGAACGGACAGGAGUUCCAUCCGAUACUGGCUUCGCACGGGGAGCAGAAGUGCGUCAAGUGCACGUGCAAGGACAGCAAAAUCAACUGCGAACGGAAGCGGUGCGCACGGUCGUUGUGCAACCGGCAGCACGCCCGCAAAAACGCCACCAUCGACGAGUGCUGUCAGUGUCAAAAGACGGGCCGGCAUCAGCACGGCCGAAGACGUCCCAAUGCGCAGCAGCAGCAACAACAACAGCAGCAUAGCAAGCAACCAGCACAGGCGGCCAUAUCCGUAAAGAGUUGAAUUGAUUAAGUUUCUACUUUUUAGGUUUUUAAGGGACGUGCGAGAGUUCGUAAGUGCAAGCUUGAGAGAAAGAGAAAGAGAGCGAGAUCGGUUUGUUGUAUUAUUUUCGAAAUAUUUGUUUUCUUUAAUUUUAUCCAUGUUUACGUGGUUUUGUGAAUAUGAGUUUUGACAUUUCAUCAAAGUGAGCGAGUGGAAUUGAUAGUGCGAGAGUGCGGUUAGUGUGCUAGCGAACCAAUCAGUGAUACAAAGAGGAGAUUUGGGCAGCCAAAUAGAAGAGCGUGUUGGGAGUGUUUGUAUUUAUUAAGGUUAUAUUGAAAAAGAACUUUUUUUCGAACAGUAUCGGUAAACUGAAGCCUUCGCGCGUUUGGAUUGCGUACAAAAGCAGUUUCUUUUUUGGAAUACGUUUUUUUAGAAGUAUCGAAUUUGAAUCGUUGUUUGGAACAAAACUGAUAUCAUCCUACUAGAAAUUACAAUGCAGGGUAAAAUGGUACGGAAGAUUUGCAAGAAGGAGAUGCGAGAGAACGGAAUUAAGAAAUAAUUGGAAAUUUCUUAUUUUAAAGAAAUUGUCCAGUUGGAAAACAUUUUGUAUCAGAGAUCACUAUUUAUAUUUUUCUACAAAUAGGCGUAGUUUUCUAAAUUGUAGGUAUAGUAGAAAGUAAGGCAAAACCAAUAUUUAUUUAAAGGAAAAGUUACUGGUCAGCAAACACAGCAGUAAAACAUUAUAGGUCAUUCGCAUUUAAACAAAUGGAAACACACACUACGAAAUAAGAGCAUAGAAGAGAGGAACUAUUAAGCUUGGACAGUUGUAAAUGCUUGUUAAAACUGUAUAAACACCUAUAAACGCUAGAUUUUGAGAUUAUUUUUAACACUGAUAUGAUUGAUAGCAGUAAACAUCUGGGCCCAUAACUGUUAAACACAUCCAACUUGAAUCCUCUGUCAAUGGUCAUUUAAGAUUGAAAAAUGCUGGACACGAGUAUUUUUCCUCCAGAACGAAACAGGGAACCAAGUGAAAUCGAUUUCCAAAGGAUUUUCCUUGUUUGAAUUAACAUUGUUUCUAGAAAGACAUUCUAGUCACGUGCCCUAGAGCUAUAUCCUGCAGUUAAAACGAUAAAAUGUAACUCUUAGAAACAUGGAAAUCGAUGGAGAAGAGUCACCGAAGGAAUCGAGAGUGCGAUUGAAAGCAAAAGAACGGAAGAAACCCAAACUACAAUUAGAAACUUAAUCAAUUCACUGAAAGGAAAAACACAUUGCGCGAUUGCUUUUUAUAUAAUUAUUCACACCUACUUCUGCUAAGCAAAACAGACAAAACUUAGGUCGACAAGAAAAAGCAAAACAAUUCUUGAACUGUUUUUUUUCCUGUUACCACGUACCAAAGAAGACUGAUAUAUUAAAUCUUGAAAGUAAAAGAGAGAAAAACGAUGAAAUAAAUUUGCUGAUGUAAAAAAAGAAAACAAAUGAAACCGAACCAUCUUUUGACGCUGCAAAACCGAGAACAGAAAACUGUCGAAACACUCACAAAUACACAAACCACGCGACAACUCACGUACAUUUCGUCAUUUUUUCGUCUUCAAAAUUCCCAUCCAUUUCCCACAUUUCGGAAACCUUCAUAAAACCUCCACAAGAAACAGUAUUUCCACGCUGCUUCAGACCGAAUUUUACCCCUAAUGAACGCAGCCACAUUAACUCAUACUCAUUCGAGAAAUAAGCAAAGAGAAAAGAUAGAAGCUUUGAUUUCACCACAAACACACACACAUAUACGCACCUUCACGCUUAAUAUAUCGCGUACCACUGUAAAGGAACGAUUAUCCAGCGGCCGGCCAGGAGAGUCCACAAAUGCAAAGCAUAAAAUAUGCGCGACGCCGCCGCUGCCGUCGCAAGACGACGACGAGAACACAAUCAGCGAACAACAAGAAUCCAAGCAUGCCAUAAUAAGUUUUUUUUAAUGUUGAUAAAUGAAUAAAUUAUUGUCAAACAAUCGCAACAUACCGAAUAAGUAGGCUACACAAAUACACAAUCAAGUGCAUAACUAAGUACGGAAGAAGAAGAUCAAAUCCGCAUUGAUCGGGAGCGCAAAGUAGUUGCGGAAAUUGCGAAAAGAUGGCGCAUUCAUCAUUUCUUUGUAAUUGUGUACAGCUAGGAUUGAAAGAAUUUUAACAAAACUUGUAUUACACGCCCGAAUUUUGGAACACACACCCAAGAUUUGCGCAGUCAGUAUAGGAGAAGAACGACACACUGGUCAAUACUGCGCGUUGACACGAAUAACUACGCAUGUGUGCGUGCACACAAUCAGAUAAUAGGUAAAAGCGAACCCAUCCAAAAAUCGAUUUUAUUGUAUAAUAUCCACCAAAACAAAAUCGAACCUUUUUUAGGACCAACAACCAUUAUAACAGCAUCAAAUAAAGAACGGAUAUACAGCAAAGUAA